CUCACAACACUCCCACUACCACCCACAAUGGUCAACACAUCGCUCAAGCGGCGCCGGACAGAGGACCAACUCCGUGGGAAGGUGCCGAAAAAAGAGAAGAAGAAGGUCAAGAAGCAGAAGUUUUACCACAGUUCGAGCGAGGACGAGGGCGGCGCACGCGAUGCCCCAGUACGCGACGACAGCAGCGACGACGAGCCCUUUGAGCCCACCGGCGCCAAUGCGCUCGCGGCGGAGAAGAUUGUCAAGCCCGUGAAGCCCGCAAAGUCGGCAAAGCCAGCGCCCAAGCUCAAGGCGAAAAUCGCCGUCAAGAGCGUCCUGAAGAAGACAGCCCCAGUCGCGCCAGUAAAAGAAGACGCCGACUUCCCCUCCAGCGCGGGUGAAGAUGACGACAACGACGACGACCUCGAAGGCGACGAAUUCGACAUUGCAGACUCGGAGUCAGACGCCUCGGAAACCUCCACCACGGCCGCGCGCAAAGUGCGGAAACGCAACGACCCUGAAGCGUUCGCGACGUCGAUAUCCAAGAUCCUCAACACCAAACUCACCACAACGAAGCGCUCGGAGCCGAUUCUGUCGCGCUCCAAGGACGCCCAGAUUGCCAACAAGGAGCUAGCAGACAAUAAACUGUCUGAAAAAGCACGCAAGCAGAUUGUCGCCGAGAGGAAGGCGGCGCAAGAAAAGGGCCGUGUCAAGGAUGUGCUGGGACUCAACGACCCAGCCGUGAGCACAGCCGCCACAACAGCCAAGGAGAAGGAGCUGCGGAGGACGGCGCAAAAGGGUGUUAUCAAGCUGUUCAAUGCCGUGCGAGCAGCCCAGGUCAAGGGCGAGCAGGCCGAGCGCGAUGCCAAGGAGAGCAAUGUCGUGGGCAUGGCGAAGCGGGAGGAGAAGGUCAAGGAGAUGAGCAAGCAGGGCUUCCUGGACAUGAUUACGGGCGGGCAGACAGAGGGCGGUGGUGUGGAGGUGUGAAUAUCUCUGUCGCGUAAUCGUUUAAAUACAUGUCUUCAUGAUACCUUAUAUCCAUCCUUACAAGUACAACGUCCAACCAUCCAACAAUAGAGUACACACACAUACAUCAUUCAUCCCCCAACACAACGCACCCUCACUUCUCCUUAAAAUCACUCGCCUGCAAAUUCCGCGUCACACUCGGCAGCCUCACAACAACCCCAUCCAGCCCCCUCGUCAUCUUAACCUGACACCCCAACCGACUCGUCUCCGUCAGCCCAAACGCCAAAUCCAGCAU